UGGUUGCAGGGGAACCGGUCCCGGAGAGUUCCUUGGGGCUUGGGACGUUGCUGCUCCUCAGCCUGGUGAGAUUGCAGUGGCUGAUUUCGUGGACCAACGAGUUGUGAUUUGCAGCAUAAAUGGUUACCACAAAAGCACAAUCCAAAUGCGACCACCCCCACGUGCCAUUGCAGCUACGAGCACCGGCAAUCGCUUGGUGGUUGUUGGGGAGAAAGCAUUCCACGUGAAAGUCUUUGACAAGGACAACACGCUGGCUUUCCAGUUCCCCACAGUGCCACCGAGUGAGGUCGGUAAGACCGCAGUGAAACUCCAGAGUGUAGCAGUCAAGACGGAUGGGACCAUUGUGGUUGGUGACAUUGAGAGAAUGGUGCUGACCGAACACAGCCCCACUGAUGGCGAACUCAGAAGCACCAUCCCAGUCAAGAUUAAACCUUAUUUUCUGGCUGUUGACAGCAAUGAUCGAGUUGUAAUAAGUGAUUCCACAUGGGCUUCAUCAAUGUCGCGUACGGUGGGUAUUGUUGAUGGGAAUGGUGAUACAAAAUUCCCCAUCACACCUACCAUUGAAGGCCAACCAGUUGCUAUGUGCUCCAAUGUCUGUACAGGUGGCACAGAUAUCUAUGUUGCAAUGUAUAAGGGUGAUCACAACGGUUGUAUCUACCGCUAUAACCCUCAAGGCGGCAUUCUCCGCCGCGUCGUCCAGGGUCUGUACCGGCCCCGGGGAAUCACAUUCACGGCAGACGGACAGCUAGCAGUGGCGGACACCUAUUCAUUGAAGAUAUUCCAAAAGGUGUAAUAGGCCUACAACAACGCUGAACAACUCCUUUUAUGCACAGCUUCUUCUUAGCGAGAGCCUUCAUUCUAAGCUUUGUAACUGUAGGCUUUCUAUGGAAUCAAUUAUUAUUAGUCUCAUCUCCGUGUCUUCUAGAUGGAUAUGUAUUUGAUUUCAUUUGAUUGUUAUUUCCUGAUACGGUGUUGAUAGUGUUGCACUGUUUUAAAAUAUGGUUUGUGUGUGCAAGUGUCAUUGUAUUUUUAUUUAUUUAUUUUUGAAAACGAUGUUAAGAAACAAAGAUCGAUCUGUAGUAAGUUACUGCUCCAGGAGAAACUAAACCAGCACUGACGAUUUGGUAUGAAAAAGACGUUAUAAAAUGCCUUAGGUUAGGAUAUCAAAGUCUUUCUCUCCAUUUAGUUGUGACAUGUUGUAGUGUUCUUUAUUAAUUUCCUGCGAUUUUUACUUACAAGGUCUAAAGAAAAACUAGAACAAAAAGAAAGAGAACCGAAUUUGUAUUCGUUAUCAUAAAAUAACUUAGGGGUUGAGAGAUGUCUCUGGUUAAGAAAGAAUAGCUGUUAUAUAAUUACAAUUAAUUCAUGAUCAGUUUAGUGUAAGCGACUAUAUGUUACCAUUUGCCGCCAGUGUUGACAAUACCUAAAAACUAGAUUGCGGUUUAUAUGGAGAUGGUUUGUUGUUAUAUAUCGCAAGCAUUUGGCUUAAUUGGGCGUACACAUACUCACGAUAGAGCGGUCUUGUCUUUGGUUUGCGUUGACUACUAGUAAUUAACCCAUAAUAAUCAGUGUUAGUUUUCGUUUGUGUAAAUGGAACGGAGAUAACCCCCCCCCUUGUGCUGGUCAUUGUGUGAUUUGAAUCUAGGGAAUUCUUUUCAGACAUUUAGAGGAACGGUUAAGUAACAAUAGUCUAGAGUGUGUAUAGAGUUUCAACGCUGAAUUUGCUUAUUGUUCAGGGCCGUACUAAGCGCCAGCAAGAUCUAGAUGGAAACAAGACAUGUGUAUGACUGAAUAAAAAAUCUCAUGUU